GGGGCAAAAACCCAGACAGAACCCUAGCCUCCUCCCUCGCGCUCCCAUGGAGACGGCUGCCGCGAACCCAGGCGCGGCCAGGAAGCGGCGGCGGAGCCGGUCGCCGCCUCCCGACGGAGAGGGGCCGAGCGAGCCCGGAUUGGCCAAGCCUCGUUUCGACGGCGGCGGCGGCGGCGGCGGCACGAGGAGUGGCUGGGAAAACCUCGACCUCGUGCUCUCACUCCAGGGCAAGGAGCUCUCCCUCGAAAGAAAGAUUGAACUAGCCCUCAAUUUUCUAACUACAGAGUCAUGGUCAAACCAUGGCCACAGAGCAGACAUUGUUCAGUUACUACGAGUGGUGUCAUAUGUUGGAAACUGGGUGCAGUCUAUCUUAGUUUUGCCUGAGAACACUAAGAAAAUGUCAGAGCCUUUUGAUCCAGUGCUAGAUUAUAGAUGCUGGGCCAUUUUGCGAUUUUGCAUGGAAAAGAAGCCAUCCAUCUCAAUUUCCCCAAACUUACUUAAAUCGCUUGGUCAUGUUGCAAGGAAUGGUUUGACCAGAGUUGAUACCAGUGCUUUGUACGAUGACAGUGAUUCAGUUGAUCUCUUUGAACAAGUUUUAGGGUGCAUGUCCUCUGUUUUCUCCAUCAAUACAAGAACAUUCUUCAAUGCAGGUGUUGAUUUAUGGGCCUCUUGUGCCAUUGAGGUUAUCGGCCUUGCCCAGAAGGUUUCGCCUAAUGAGAUGAAUGGCUGUAUUGUUCUUUGGAAUCUUGGGAUUUGUCUGUUUGAGCAAUUUUCAAGCUUUCUGAGAUUCUAUGCAAAUCCUAAGAAUAUUUUCCGCACUUUUGUUGAUAGGAUUCUUGACCCUCUGUUGGAGUUGUUGGUUUUGCUUAAUUCACAAGCGAAUUCCCUCAAGCACAGGCAGGAUGGGACCAUGUUGAAGGUUGUUGAAGAAAUUUUGUCCAAUGGAUUGUUUCAUCCCCAACAUCUCAGUGGAUAUUUUGGCCUCAAGAAUUUGGAUAAAUCGUCAACUACUAAGGAUGUCAUAGGAAGCUAUCAUAGGCAUCUAUUUGAGCGUUUCAAAGCAAUAAAAGCAGAAAACAAGUCUGUGAUGCUGGCAGGGUUUGUUUACUUGCUUCAGUUGUUUAUUAGAAGAUCUGGAAACCAGAGAGCCUCUCUAGCACCGAGGGCAACAAGCUUGCAAAAAAGUAGUGAGGGCUCUGAAGAACCUCAUCAUCAUAGGGAAGCACUUUUUGAAGUGUUUAUGCAGUUUAUGGAACCCUUGAUCUUAGAGUGUACAUCAUAUUCAGAGAAGGACUUCUCUACUUUAGGAGUCACAAAACUAGUAGAAGUUCACUGUAUGCUGAAGUCCAUUAAUAAGGUGUUGACAACAGUUAUUGAAGAGAAAAUCUAUGUACCUACAGAGGACACAUCAGAAGGAUCUUACUUUGAGUUCUUGCAAGAUAUUUACAGGGUGUUGCUCUCAAUGGCUGAAAAAAUGUAUGAAUUCUGGGUGUCAGCUGGGCAUUUGGAAGAUGCAAGCAUUAAGAAGAUGCUACCUUUAAUGUUUGCUGAGAUUGUUGAUGCAGUUGGUCAUUUUUUAGUUAUUGAAUACAAGGUUAUGGGGCGUGACCUUGUGAAGUUAUGGUUAAUGAUAUUUGCUUUGUCAGCUACUAAUGCAUCUUCCGAGGACAUCAAACCCUGCUCCCUGCUAGCCUCAAAGAUUUCUGGCCUUUCAUCCCAAGUGAUUUGCACAUUCAGUGAGCUUCGUCAGGUUUCCUUCUCCAUUUUUACGUUAUGUGGUGCUUUGAGAAUGUUCAGAACUGCUGUUGUUCCUGGUGUUGUAGCAAAUUCAUUUUCUGUGUCUUUGUUACCCUCAGAUAAAUGUUUGGAAUCACUAGCAACAUUAUUAAGUUCCCAUACAUUGAGGAAUGCUAUUCGUACGUCAAUAAACUCAAUGCCUGAAGGACAGGCUAGUCGUUGCAUCGAGGAGCUAACACUAGACCUUACAGGUGCAUUGGAAUGGAUCAAAACCUCUGGCCUUUUGGGUGUUAAUUUGGAAGUGCAGGGAGAGUCAUCCUUGGUUUCAAGGGAUUCAGUGUUUAGUCAGAGAGCUGAACUUCUAGGAAGGCAUUUAUCUGAAAUAUACACAAAUGUGCUCGAGUCAAUAACUGUGACCACAUCAAACAGUACAGUUGUUGCAAAAUCUGUUGAAAAGCUGGUUGAUGCAAUCCGACCAAAUUUGUGUCAUUUGGUGAGAAAUGAAUCAAAUAGUUCAAGUGAAUUUGUUUACUCAGUUAUAGGAAAACACCUCUCUAACAAACAAGGUGCCAACUGGCAGAAGAUCUCAAGUUUGUCCUGGUUUUAUUUCUUCUUCUUCCGCAUAUAUAUGUCAUGUCGAAGUUUGUAUCUGCAAUCUAUUGGCCUCAUGCCUCCUGACUUAGCGAUAGAAGCAACAGAGCUAGUGGGGAAUUCGUUCGUUGUAUGCUGUGGGAAGGAAUGGACCAAUUCUGCCAAUAUUCUCGCAGAAGGCUACUUUGCAUGGAUUGUCCAAAAUCCGAUCCCUCUUUUUGAUAUUAUUGAAAUUUUAACACAAUCUUUUUCAAGAAACUGUUCUGGGUUUACUCUGCUUGUUUUUAUCCUUAAUUUGAUGGCUCUGCAGAGAUUAAAUGACCUUAAUAGGCAGAUUAAUGCAUUUGAUUUUUUACUUGAAGACGAUACAGAUCAAUUUGACAAGGAGAAUAGUGGAGACAGUGAAUUAUUAAAGAAGUCUUGCUGUCUCGAGGCUACUCGACUCACCAGUUUUAUGAUGAGCUAUGUGAGACUAUUAUCAUCAGGAGAAAUUGGCUCUUUUUGGUGUUACGACACAAAUGCUUCCUGGGAUUUUAGUCUAUGCUCUUUGGAUGAAUUUUCAUUUCCCAUAGCAACUUGGCGACUUCUGUGUGAAAACAUUGAUAUUUGGAGUCCCCAUGCAUCUAAAAAGGAUAUGAAGAACUUCUUUUCUAAUCUGAUAAAGUUUGCUUUUGUUCAAAAGAGGUCAUGCAGAGAUGUGGAUAAUAGUGGCAGCCAAUCUUCAUAUCGAGAAAUAACUCUGCAUAAUGUUUCAGUGGAGCUCCUUUGCGAUACUAUUAUAUAUGAUCGAAAGGUUCUGUUGAAGAAUUUGGUGUCAAGUUCUUGCCAUGCUCUGAAGAAAGCAGUAUUGUCUUUUGUUACUGAUGCUAAUGAAGAUAGUGCCUUGUUGGACUCACCGCCUGAUUUAGUGUAUACAUUAGCUAAACUGGAAAAUGAGAAGUUUCCUGUUACAGAUUCUGAUGUUACACAUACAGAUGCCAUAGAUAAACUAUGGAUUUGUGAGGAUUUACUUAAUUAUUUUAGUACAGUUCCUGGAUUUCAUGCAAACUUCAAGUCAUUCUUGCAACUUAUAGCUUACAUACUCCAUCUGGAAAGACUCCUGCUAAUGGCAAUGCUAUGUCAUCGUUAUGAAUCGUGUAGUUCCAUGGGGCUACUUCGUCUGUUUGUAUGCUGUCGAAGAGCAAUGAAACAUCUUAUCUUGAAUUUUGGUAAAGAAUUCCCAGGGUUAAAGCAAUAUUCAGCAUUUUCCAAGAUUUUUGGUGACUCUUGUCUGAUUUGGCUUUUGAGAUCUGCUCAGGAACUCGUCAGUUUGUCACACAAAAUAUUUGAAGAGCACACCGAUCAGUUGAAUAAUACAAUUUUCUCCCUGGUAGAUAAGACAUCAGAAAUAUUUUCGACACUAACUAACAUGAAUUCUGUAUUUUGCUUGUUGGGCCCGAAGAAACAAAUCACAUCUUCCCUGAACUGUAGUCGAGAAUGCAGUACUCACAGUACUCAAGAAAAUGAUGAUCAGGCAUUCGAUAUGCUAGAAAGUGCAGCUUUCGAGCAUGUCAAAGUUAUGGCUGAACUGUUACAGAAGUCUACAGCUAGCAUUCCUGUAACUGUGGAGGGUAGUCAUUGUGUUAUCAAAUUAGAGAACUGUUAUGAGACUGUAUGCUGGGAUAGAUUGCUGUGCACUAUGUCUUGCAUAAGAGGAUUCUUAUGGGGUCUUGUUUCAGCACUAGAAGGCACAUGCAAAGAUUAUCGAUCAAGCUCAGAGGAAAGAAACAUGAUGUUUCAGUAUGCCUCCAGAUUCAGUAGUUAUGUUGCUAACUUUGAGAUGUUUGUAGAUAUUUGCCUGCAUGUGUUGUUUAUGGAGACCAAGGACUGCGAGUUAGCUGAUUUAAUCUCUGUUCAUCUUCCACAAGAGCUAGACUGUGAGAACAGAUCUCUGAAUAUUUCUGUAAUCAUGGAUGAAUGGACUAAGCAUCAAUCAGAGGACAACGAAUUUCACUCUGAUGGUGUACUAAAUAUUUCAAUGGAAACUCAUGGUUUUGAUCUGCCCAAAGUGCAAUUUGUGAAAGGAUUUCUUUUGGAAAACCUUUUAAGUGGUAAGGGUCCAUCCGUAGCCUUUACUUUAAGAGAGUUCUAUAAUGCAUCUGCUGCUAUUAUAAAACUGAAGGGAACCUUAUCAUUUCCGAGCGAGGUUUGUAGACAAAAAUGCAGUCCUUUCCAAAAGCUUUCAUUGGGUCCAAUGGUUGGGACAGCUUAUAUCGCUCUACAGAAAAUUGCAGACAUGUCUAACUGGCCUGAAAUGUUUUCUCUUUUAUGGAUUGACGGAAUAUUAGGUUAUCUUGAAGCUUUAGGAAGCUUUUUGACAUUACCUGAAAUCAACAUGUCAAAAGAAUUUUACACUCAAAUUGUAAAUGCUCAUUUGAGAGCUAUUGGAAAAUGCAUUUUGCUUCAAGGAAAAAAUGCAACUCUGCCUACCCAUGAGAUUGGAUCAAGUACAAAGACGCUAUAUUUGCAGAAUAUAACUGGCCAUGCUGAUACUAAAGGUAUCAUCAAUGGUCACAACAGAUUAAAUUCAUUGAAAUCAAGACUUAGACAUUCAUUGAGAAGAUAUGUCAAUGUGUCAUCAAACAUGCUUCUAAAUACAGCUCUGCAAAUCAUUGAAAGAGCAUUGGUUGGAGUGAAUCAUUUCAGUCAUUCAAUAUAUGAAGUAAACACAGGGAAUUGUGAUGGUGGGGCAGUUUCUUCUGAUGUUGCUGCGGGGAUUGAUUGCCUCUAUCUGGUUCUUGAAACUGUGCCAGGAAAUAAACGUGUUUUUAAGAGAACCGUCCCAGGCCUAAUAGGUGCUCUAUUCAAUAUUGUUUUACACCUUGAAAGUUCAUUUAUUUUCUACACAGAGAAGAUGCAUGCCAACCCUUAUUUGCAUCCAGAUGCCGGAGCCACUGUCCUAAUGUGUAUUGAGGUUAUAACAGCGUUUGUGGGGAGACAUUCUUUUCAAAUCGAUGCAUGCCAUGUCUCUCAGUGCUUGCAUGUUCCCAUGACACUUUUUAAGGGCUUCAAACAUCUUCUUUCAUGCCAGAAUAUAUCCCAUUCUUGCAAUCCGAGUGUAGAUCAACUGGCAGCUAGUAAUGAAUAUGUACUUAAUAGACAAUUUUCAGUUGACAUGUAUGCUUCGUGCUGCAAAUUGUUAUGUACUACUAUUCGACACCAACAGCGUGAGGUUGCACGAUGCGUGGCUGUUCUGGAAGAUUCAGUAAACAUACUUCUAAGUUGUCUGGAGUCUGCAAAUCCCAAGAUGGUUAGCAGGGCUGGAUAUUUUUCUUGGAACAUGGAGGAAUCAAUGAAAUGUGCUUCAUUUUUUAGAAGGAUUUAUGAAGAGAUGCGCCAACAAAGAGAAAUCCUAGGAAAACACUCGAUGUACUUUCUUGCAGGUUACAUUUCUAUGUAUUCUGGACAGGGCCCACUGCAAACAGGCAUAACACGAGAAAUUGACGAGUCCUUGAGACCUGGGGUUUAUUCCCUUAUUGACAUCUGCGAGGAAAGUGAUCUUCAACUGCUCCACACAUAUCUGGGUGAGGGCCCAUGCCGAACAACUUUUGCUAAUCUGGUGCACGAUUACAAAUUAAACUUCCAGUAUCAGGGCAAAAUCUAGUCCCAAUUGCUGAAGACUUUGGAACAUUUGGUGUUGAUCCAUCAUAUUCUGCAUAAGAUAUGCGGCUUACUGAAGAUUUAAAGGUCAUCGAAUUAAUCUGCUGGAUUUGUAUGUCGUAGCAAAUGGAAAUGAACAAACCCCAAUUGUUCGUACUUCAAGAAAAAUCAUUUCUUGGUGAUCUGUAACCUGUGGAUCUUGUUCCAUAAACCAACUCGUUAAACCGCCGACUUAGAGGUUUGGGAUGAUCCACGCCGUGAUACGUGGUCAUUGUCAAUUCGUGGCCGCGAGAGAAUAUCUGAGGUGAUUGGAGGAGGGGAUAAGGUAACCAUGGAAGGUGUGAUGUGCUACACAUGGUGGGCGCAUGAUGGGUGGGGGCAUGCGGAGGAAUUAGGUGGAUGCGGCAACAAGAUAGCCGAAGAUGGACCAAAAGCUGGCGCACACAUGCACACAGUAGCCACUAUCAUUGGAUAAAAAGAGUCUUUGCUAAGUUGCUAGGCCACAGGGAUGAAUCAGAUUCCCACGAUGUGUUAUCCAUCUCUCUGAUCAUGACUGGACACUUACAACCUGAUCCACAUGUGUCUAUGGCACUACACCGUGCACCAGGUAGCCCUGAGAUUUUGCUUCCAUCUUAAUUUCGGCCUGUAGUCUACCUCUCAUGAUUGAUGUCUUAUCUUACCCAAGCUUUACCUUAAUCAUUCAUUUUGUCGAAUAAUGCGCUUGUUAAAAACGUGCAUACAGUGGUAUU